CCCAGAUGCGUUGUAUUUUAAACUUUCCAGCCCUUCAAGCCCUGCAGUGAGCCGGAUUGGAUCCCUUGACAGGUGAAAGCCUCGUGCUGCCGCAGGCGACCAGCCGACAGGUGAGCCAGUCUGCUGCAGGAGCGUGGGUCAAGAUGUCCCCGUUAUACAUGGACUCCGGGUCCGGGUCCGAGUCCGCCAGCCCCAGCAGUACUGCAGGAUCGGAGAGAGAAAGAGGGGGACAACAGAUGGGACCCAGAGGGCCAAAAAGACGGGAGAAGAACAGGGAUGCAGCGAGGAAGAGCCGCAGAAAACAGACAGAGAGAGCAGAUGAACUUCAUGAGGAACUCCAGAGUCUUGAGCACUCGAACUCGGCUCUUCAUAAGGAGAUCGCUGCAUUGAAAAAGGAGCUGCACCUGUUAACGACGUCGCUGGAGCGUCACGAACCUUACUGCCGCCUCCCCUCCAGCCUUGCGGGUUCUUCUUCAGCUGACUGUCAGACCAGCUCCAACCAUCACGGAAUCGCCGAGGCCUCGGACUCCACCGUGGCUGCUUCCUCUGCGCUCCCCUUCUCUCUGACCUCCAGCCUGGGACUUCAGAGCCUUGACUGCGUCAAAAGGAACCAUGUCUCUCCUCCAGCUAACACAACAUUAGCCUCCUCUGCUCAUUCUUCACCUAAGCUCUUCAAUUCCUCCUCUUCCUCUUCCUCCAGCCCAGUGACAGUUCCCUAUUCAGCAUCUUUCACCACAUACACAGCUCCGCACUCUUUAUUUAGCAAAGAACCUAUAAUGACCUCAAGCACAACAAAUGGUAUACCCAUCUGUGACGGUCUUAUUUCAAACCCCGUUCCCUCCGGUGUGCUCUCCACAGCUGCGCAGCCCACACUGGAGCAAGACACCCUCUGUGAAAUGGGUUACACAGUGGACGGAUUUUUUAAGGAGAAAACAUCUUUUCUAAAUGCUACAGCUGACGCUACACCCCCUUAUUCCCAUUUAGAGGCUGGAAGUGCGGGUGUAGUAGCACCGGGUUGCGUGCCCCAAAUGCCUCCAUGUCACUUUAGUGGAAACCCACGCAGUUCAGUUUCACCGUCUACUUUUUUACCAUCACCUCUUCAAAAUCCUCUUCCUCCUUCUCUUUUAGCUCCAGCCGUUUCAGGUUUGGAGCCAUCACCCAUGCCUUCUUUUUCCUCAAAGCAGAGUUAUGAUCAAGACAAUACAUCAAACAGUGUGUCUCUGCUCUCCCUGCUCACUGUCCCCGGUCCACUUGAUAUAUCUCAAGCUACCUCCAGCAGCUUCGAUAGGGCUCCGUCUGAACCUCCGCCAUUGGCGCCACAACCAGGGGUUCCCUCAAAGGAACUUGAACUUUGUGAUUUUUUCGACUGGCUCAUAAGUGGGAAUAAUAACCAGUAGCGCUACAGAAAAGUCAUUUUGAUUCAUGUGUUGUGAGGAGAUGACCUCUGGACUCAAGCUAGUAACAAACCAAAGACUGAAUGUCUUCUGUCAUAUUUCAUAUUCAUACCAGAUGCUACUUAUUUAUUGAGCUUUCUGUUACGAAAAUGCAGCGAUUUCAUGAUUGAGCUUCCAUUUGGUUUGGUCACAGAAAAAUUGUCAAUCUGAACCCUGCGGUUUCCAGAAUGCAACCAGUAGCUGACUAGAUUCUCAUGUAUUUGUACCUCCAGCGUCACAGGUUAUCUCAUCCUCUCUGAGACUAAAGUAAUCUUUAUGUCUGCGCUUAUUAGUAAGUGGCAUAAAAAUGCCUCCCGAACUUUGAGGGUCUUUGAGCAGAAAUCUCUAAUUUCAAGAACGAACGCAAUAAAUUCCAGUGUCUUUUUCCACAGUCAGUAAUCAUUUGCAGGCACCGCUCUUUCCUAAAUCAUGAAAAAGGAGACAUAGUAAAACUGAGUCAACAUGGUGAAACUUGUAACUUUUAAUUUUAGAUUGGGUGGAGUGGUCCUCUCACUUCCUUGCAACUUCACGGAAAGGUUACCAGAAUAAAUUUCCUUCUAAGCUGCAAUACAAACACAGGGCAGUGCCAAAGUUAACAACACAUCCUUACUCACUUUCUUCUUCUUUUUAUUUAUGUACCUUAAUCUUAAUUGAAGACACACAUUCUCAGCACAUAUUCUGCUACUGCUGCUAAUUGAUAUUUAAAUCUUAAAGUGAAAUCAGCCACUUUCAUGAAAAUGGUACAGUACAGUGGGAUCGCUGGCCUUCUAAAUUCCCUGUGAGCCACUGUGAAGGACUGCUUUAUUACAAGGUUGCAUUAGAAUGUAGUGAUCCCAGCUAUCAGAGCUAAUAAUCCGGUCGUUAAGUCUGACGUCACUAGCCGUGUCUGGGCCUAAACUCCGCUGCAGGUCCAUA